AGCGGGUCAUGUGUUGUAGCUAGUCACAUGCUGGACCAGGAAAUACAAACCUGUUGUCGGCAGAAAUCGCUUUAGUCACUUUUGUUGCUCACAGUCUGUGAAGUUCACCUGUGAUCAGUCAUGCAAGUGACUCCGUGUCAGAUAUCGCUGUUUCUUUGUCUUCUAUCAUGCGCAGCAUCAUUCGGGACUCGAUACACGCCCGACUGGGCCAGUUUGGACUCCAGACCUCUUCCUGAAUGGUACGAUGAAGUGAAGUUCGGGAUCUUCGUUCACUGGGGGGUGUUUUCAGUGCCCGCGUUCGGAAGCGAGUGGUUCUGGUGGUACUGGAAGGCCUCACUAAAAUUUGAAUAUAUCCUGUUCAUGGUCAAAAACUACCCGAUCGGAUUCAGGUAUGCGGAUUUCGCUCCUGAUUUCCACGCGCGUUUUUUUGAUCCUGACGAGUGGGCUGAGAUCUUCGAGGCUUCGGGAGCAAAGUAUGUGGUCCUCACAUCAAAACACCACGAAGGUUUUACAAACUGGGGGUCCCCGACCUCUUGGAAUUGGAAUUCUGUUGAUAAUGGACCUCACAGGGAUCUUGUUGGAGAUUUGGGCGCUGCAAUAAGAAAGAGGUCUCUGCAUUAUGGACUCUACCACUCUCUGUAUGAAUGGUUCAAUCCCAUCUACCUGAGCGACAAGCGAUCUGGUUUCAAGACCCAGGACUUUGUUGAAAAAAAAGCCAUGCCAGAGCUCUACGAUCUGGUCAAAAGGUACGAGCCAGACUUGAUUUGGUCAGAUGGAGACUGGGAAGCACCUGACACUUACUGGAAUUCUACAGGAUUCCUAGCCUGGCUCUACAACGACAGUCCGGUCAAAGAUGUGGUGGUGACCAAUGACAGAUGGGGGGCGGGCUGUUAUUGUAAACAUGGAGGUUAUUAUAACUGUGCUGACAAGUUCACUCCUGGACACCUUCCCAACCACAAGUGGGAGAAAUGCCAGUCAGUGGACACGAUAUCAUGGGGGUAUCGCCGAAAUAUGAAGCUAAGUGAACUGAUGGAUCUACCAUCCAUUAUAAAGGACAUGGUCAAGGUCGUGGCAUUAGGGGGUAAUUACCUGUUAAAUAUAGGGCCUACAGCAGAUGGCAUUAUUGCACCAGUCUUCGAGGAACGUCUUCGAGGAAUCGGAGCCUGGCUGAAGGUCAAUGGUGAAGCCAUCUAUGGAACUAAGCCUUGGAGAGUCCAGGCUGAGAAUGCUACUGUUCCUGUCUGGUAUACGUCAAAAAGAAGCACUGUGUAUGUGAUCUUCACCUCCAAUCCCAUGCAGAACUCCUUUAAGCUUUUAACUCCUAAAACCUCUCACAACACAAUGGUGACUUUGUUGGGGAACCCUGAGCCUCUGAAAUGGGCUCCUCUGCAGACAUCAGGACUUAUUGUUCUGCUGCCAGAUCUGCCUUUAACACCCGCUGAAGCCUGGACCCUCCAGCUGGAUAAGGUGGCAUAAAGCCUUUAAAAACCCUUUUUUAGAUUUUAAUGAGAUUCUCAGGGCUGUGACCCCAAACCCCCACCCCACUUAUUUUCAUACUUGAAAAGUAUGACCCGUGUGAAUGGCCUUUAACAGUUACUAAACAAACUGUGAUACAUGUAUACAUGGAUUACUUACAACCUAUGUGUAGCAGUUGUGUGUGGAAAGCCCUUAGCAUCCCAGUCAAUCACCCAAUGAGAGUAACAAUCAGUGAUGGAGAGUACAGUAUAUGAAACUGUUGGUGUGACUCAUCAAAUCUCAAAGGCUUUGAUUUAAUUAUAUAUACUCUGAUGCACUAUGUUUUAGUUUACAAAGAAGUGGCUCAUUUCAAAGUAAAUACUGCUGUGCAUUUGAAAAGACUUCUCAUUUUUGUUGUUCGCUGAUGACAUGCCUGUAUUUUGUAAUGCAUUUGUUUUAAAAAUGUUUUCUAUAAAGUGUUUAUUGUAUAGAAUUUGAUUGCUGAAUAAAAAAUUACAAAUUGAAUGGCACCUAAAAAGCAAAUGUCAAUUUCA